AUGGACAACACAAAAGUUCUGAAGAGUCACACUUUCAGGCUUUUAGACAAAACACAAGGUCCAUUCUGGAGAGUUUGGGUUUCAGAUAGCACAAAGAAACCAAGAGUCUUCUGCUGGCUCUAUUUUUCCCCACCUGUUAGCUCAGCAUCAACGAUUCAACGAGGAACUGCCUUGGCAAUCCUCAACGCAACCGCCAUUGGUCACUUCAUCCAGGACUCUGAGACUUGGGUGAUAGUUGUGUCUGUUGCUUUCGUGGCCAUUGCGUGUUUGCUGCCUUUGUCCGAAACCUCCAAGCAGUAUACGGUUGGACUCACAGCAUAUUUCACCAUGGACCUCUUGGCUUCCAACAGCGGUGAACAAGGAGAAAUACACGUCCUGUUCAUGUGCUUGGAAUACAUGUCCGUGAGUUUGCUGGGGUCUCUGUGUGCACUCCUGGUCUAUUCUGUGCCACUGCCUGGCCUGCCAGACACCCGUGCUUUAAAGAGUGGUGCCGUGGCGUUCAAAGAGAUCGUUGAAGGCUGUGCCGAGGUGGUGAAGGAAGCCACGGAAGCGUUUCUGUUCAUCGGAGCAGGGGACGCGUGGCGUGCUUUGGGCCAACAGAGAUUGAGCGAUCUCUCGGAAACGCUGGCAGGAGCCAAGUGUACUGCAGAGUAUGAGAACUUGUCACCUUUGGCUGUUUGGCGAAAUCUUCGGCACGAUGGGCGUCUGCAGUCUGAGAGGCAGCAUCUUCAGCAGGAGACCGCUUUCUCUGCAGCAGCCGAAACAAUCGAUGUAUGUUGUCUCCUGUGUGAGCUGGCGGCAAAGCCGCACGGCACAGAUCUGGGAGCCGAAGCUGCUUUGGUGCGUGGAGCUGCAGAGGAAUCAAUUCGGGGUGUGGCGCUGGAUGCUGCUGCGUUGCUCAGGGACUUUGGACGUGCAGAUUUUGGUGCUGCAGCUUUGGGCGAGAGCAAUGCCACUGCCACCAGGCGCAAAAUCCUCCUAGAGGCUGCUAGAAGCGCCUUGCAGAAAAGUUCCUCGGUCAAAGAGAGGAAAGUGCGCUUUCGAGAGGCCUCCCAAAAAAGGCUUCCUGCGAGGAGAUUUGCCAGCAACUUCAGGAGCAUUUCCAGGCGGGCCAAGCCAUCUUCGAGAUUCAACAGCACCCAGCGGCUGUUGUAG